AUGAAUAUGGAAUCAUUGAAGACAUAUGUCAAGAAAGGCAAAGAUGCAGUCUUGAAUACACCAGAGAUCGAAAGAAAGGUCAAGGACGCGACUUCCAAUGAUAAAUGGGGACCAACAGGUACUCAAAUGCAAGAGAUCUCCAGAGAAUCAUAUAGAUAUGAAUGUUUCCCAAUUAUCAUGGGUGUCAUUUGGAAACGUAUCAAUGAUCCAGGAAAAUACUGGAGACACGUUUAUAAGUCAUUACUCUUGAUUGAUUAUUUAGUAAAGAAUGGAUCAGCUCAAGUAAUUAGAGAUUGUAGACAUCAUACAAUGGAAAUCAAGACAUUGGUUGAGUUCCAAUAUAUCGAGGAUGAAAAGGAUGUAGGUUUAAGUGUUCGUGAGAGAGCAAAACAAGUUAUUGAAUUAUUACACGACGACAAGAGAAUCAAGGAGGAAAGAGAUAAAGCCAAAGCCAACCAGAAUAAAUAUGUAGGUAUCGGAAAUGACGGUGGUUACGACAGCUACAGUGGUGACAACAGAGGUUACGGCGGUGGUGGAGCGCGUGGUGGUUACGGAGGUGACUCGCCAUACGGAGGUGGAGGUAACCGUGAUUCGCCAUACGGUGGAAGCGGUGCUCGUGAUUCACCAUACGGUGGAAGCGGUCGUGAUAACAACUACGGAGGUAGUCGUGACUCGCCAUACGGAGGUGGAGGCAACCGUGAUUCGCCAUACGGUGGUAGUGGUGCUCGUGAUUCGCCAUAUGGAUCGUCACGUAACGAAGACGACCACAAUCCAUACAUCUAUGGUUACGACAAUCCAGAGGAGAACCAGAAUGGCGGUGCAUUUGGUAACGGUGGAAACACAAGAGACAACAACAAUAACGACAGAUAUAAUAAUGAUAGAUUUGGUGAUCGUGACAACGAUCGUUUCGGAAGUGGUAAUGGUAGUAGAUCCAACAAUGGUAAUAAUAGCAGUAGACAGCAACAACAACAACAGAUGGACUUUGACGACCAACCACCAGUCACUAAAUCGAGACCUAGAGCUGCAAGCGGUGGAAACCUAUCGACCCCACCAAUCAGAGGUGGUAAUGAGCCACAAUUGAUUGAUUUUUCAGAGCCAGCACCAGUUGUUAAGGCACCAAUCGUUUUCGACCCAAUCAUGGAUGGCAACAGCAGCAGCGGUGGUGGAAACCAAUUCGGUGGUGGACAACAAAACCAAUUCGGUGGUGGUGGACAACAAAAUCAAUUCGGUCAAUUCCAAAAUGGUGGAUCAAACUCUUCAUUCGAUGCAUUCGGAUCAAAUACACAACAACAACAAUUACAAUUCGGUGGUGGUGGUGGACAACAAAAUCAAUUUGGUGGAAACCAAUUUGGUGGUGGACAACAAAAUCAAUUCGGUGGUGGUGGACAACAAAAUCAAUUUGGUCAAUUCCAAAACACAAAAGAUCCAUUCGCCAAAGAUGAAUUUGGAGAUUUCAAUACUAGUAACGAUUUCAAUCCAUUCGAUCAACCAUCAGGUGACUUCCAAUCAUCAAAAACAAGCUCACAGCCAUCAGCAAACUCUAACGAUCCAUGGGCAAAGAAAGAUCUUUUCGAUCUAACUAACCUUGGAAAAGGAAAUCAACCAACCAAUCCAAUCAAUAGUCAAGGUGCCAAGGUUAGAUCCACACCGGCUAGAGUUGCCACUGGUCCAAUUACAUCUGCAGGUUCGACAAUUAAUCAACAACCAAUGAUGGGUGGAAUGAAUCAAAGACCAAUGAUGGGUGGUAUGGGUAAUCCACAAAUGGGUGGAAUGGGUAAUCCACAAAUGGGUGGAAUGGGUAACCCACAAAUGGGUGGAAUGCAAGGAGGUAUGAUUCAAGGAGGUAUGAUGCAAAGUGGAGGUAUGCAAGGAGGUAUGAUGCAAGGUGGAAUGCAAGGAGGAAUGAUGCAAGGUGGUGGAAUGCAAGGAGGUAUGAUGCAAGGAGGAAUGAAUAGACCAAUGGGUAAUCCACAAAUGGGUGGAAUGGGUAAUCCACAGAUGGGUAAUCCUCAAAUGGCAGGUGGUUACAGAUAUUAA